UAAUAUUAUGAGAUUUUAAUUCAAAAGUGUCCUUAUAGACUACGCACAAUAAGGCGAGUUUUGCGUUGAACGAAGAAUUUUAGCCAGUUCCAACGACGAUCAUUAAAACAAUGGCUCAGUUCAAAGUUUUUGUUUAUGUUUGUUUCGUAACGGUCAUGACAGUGAAAGGACAGAUCAUGUGCCCUGACUGUACUGAUCCUUAUGACCCCGAUACAUGCACAGAUGUCCAGUACUGCCAAGAUACUAAUCACGACAUUUGUGAGCUUCACGUCCACCUGGCCGAGUUCAACAGAGUGACCUACUUUUGUUCCACUUCACACCAAUGCAUCAACCGAGAGUCCCAGGCUUGCAAUGUAAGCACCAACGAAAUGUGUACCUUCUGUUGUGAUGAUCUCCACCACUGUGAAAUGCAAAGACGAAAUCUAUUCUCAACACGUUUUACAACCCCUCCACCGACAUAUUAUACAACCCAUCAUUUCAGCAACUCCAACACUGGCGUCCUUUCAACCCAACCUUCUGUUUCUCCCUCCCGGUGUAUCAUCUGUGACACUGAUCCUUGUGACAUGUCAGCGGUGCCAUACCUAGAUGCUGUCCAAUGUUCCCACAGCCACCCCUACUGUUCGACUAAAAUUGUCGAAGACGCUAACGGACGCUCAGUGCACAAAGGCUGUGCUACUGAAGACUUCUGCCGUAAAUUCUGGUGGGACCUCACCUCACAGAACGCUGAUUGCAUGAGCACUCAAUUCCAACAAUUCCAAAGCCUCGACUGCUCCUUCUGCUGCCAAGGUGAAGGGUGCAACAGACCUAACAGACCGGCCCAUUCCACUCUGGCACAAAUGUGAAUUAGUGGAAUUCUAUACUAGCUGCUUUCAAGACGCCCGUCUCACUUCUAAUACGCUCUUCUAAAUUUGGUUGAAAAGUGAAACAUUUUCCUGGAUAAUAAAUAAAAUAAUAAAAAAUAUUAGAAUAAUA